UUAACUACGAAGCCCAUGGCAGAUCAGUUCUCUGUUCUACCAUCUCUCUCUCUCUCUCUCUCUCUCUCUCUCUGUCUGUGGUGGUGUGAUUAGUUAGGAAGAGAGGAAAGGAGAUAUGGCAACGCAGGCUUUGGUCUCGUCCUCCCUGACAUCCUCGGUAGAGUCUGCCCGGCACUUGCUCGGGGCGAGCAAGCCCCUCCCGUCCCCCCGGAGGGCCUCCUUCGUCGUCAGGGCCGCCUCCACUCCUCCAGUCAAGCAAGGAGGAGACCGACAAUUGUGGUUUGCAUCAAAGCAGAGUCUCAGCUACUUGGACGGCAGCCUACCUGGUGACUAUGGAUUUGACCCAUUGGGCCUCUCAGACCCUGAGGGAACCGGUGGCUUCAUCGAGCCCAGGUGGCUCGCCUACGGGGAGGUCAUCAACGGUCGCUAUGCUAUGCUUGGGGCUGUCGGGGCCAUUGCCCCUGAGAUCCUGGGCAAGGCUGGCCUGAUCCCGCCAGAGACCGCCCUUCCUUGGUUCAAGACGGGAGUGAUCCCGCCUGCCGGGACCUACAACUACUGGGCCGACCCCUACACAUUGUUUGUUCUGGAGAUGGCUCUGAUGGGCUUUGCCGAGCACCGGAGAUUCCAGGACUGGGCCAAGCCCGGCUCAAUGGGCAAGCAGUACUUCCUAGGUCUCGAGAAGGGGCUGGGAGGGUCGGGCGACCCUGCCUACCCUGGCGGGCCCUUCUUCAACCCGCUUGGGUUUGGGAAGGAUGAGAAGUCGAUGAAGGACCUGAAGCUGAAGGAGGUGAAGAACGGGAGGUUGGCCAUGUUGGCGAUAUUGGGAUACUUCAUCCAAGCGCUGGUGACCGGCGUCGGGCCCUACCAAAACCUGCUCGACCACUUGGCCGACCCGGUCAACAACAACAUUUUGACUAACCUCAAGUUCCACUAGGGCUUCUAAUCUCGUAUUCUACGGGGAAUUUGAGGGGGAAGGGGUUCUUGCUGGGUCGUCCGUUCUCUCCUUUUUAAUCUGUUCUCCUCUCAUUGUAAAAUCAUGUGAAAAGAGACAUUCUUGUAAUAUGUGGAAAAAGAAAAUGACAUGGCAUGGCGUAUUAUGCUAAA